AUGGCUUCUCUACGCCUAGACGAAGCUCUUGGGCCGAUUUCAAAUGCCAACGCAUCUUCAGACUCAUCAAACAAGGAGUCUCUGCCUCGAACAAGCUCCCACUCGUCCCUUCAUGUUGCUGACGACACUGGAGCAAAUAAUUUAGAUCUCACAGAGUCUCCUCCACAAACACCCGAGGAUAUUCUUCCGAGGGAUAUACAGCUAAAAACACCGACAUAUGACUACGCAUUCGAGAAGUCAAUGAGCCACACAGAAGCAAAGCUUUUUUAUCAACAGCAUCAGCUCGCUAGUCGGAGUAGUGGAGACAAUGAUCAGUUCUUUAAGGCAGCAGCAACUACAUGCACACAGACUUUCCCAGCAGAAAAGGACAUCGUCGAUACGGCAGGAAUAGCCAGAGAUACCGCUGAGUCCGCGAGUCCCGGCCUAACAAAACAACCGUCUCCACUAGUUCGGCAUGCAACAACCGCCAAGAAUUCCAACACACCUCUUGCUAUUCCAGGAGUUGAAGAUUUGCAUAAGCAGCUGGCUUCCAAACCACACUCUAAUCUGCACUCCUUUAACGAGAAACAAAUUCUAGAAGAUCCAAGAAAUUUGGGGAGUCCGGGAGAUGGACUCGGGUCUGUCCAAGGCGUCAUGCAUGUUUCGCCGGGCGCCAAUGUGAUCGCCUCAGAUCUGGAUGUCAUAUGUCGCAAAAUUAAGGAUCUGCUCAAUCGAAGGGCUAGAUAUGUACAGUUAUCCUUACAAGGGCCUGACGAUAACCCUAAGGAUGCGCCCAAUUGGCAGAUCUACCCUCCGCCCCCCGAGCCAGCAUGGGAUGAUGACAAAGAUCUUGGGAUGGUCAAUGAUCGUCCACGGGCUGACUACAAGAAGAGAAAAAUGGGUGAGGAUGUAGGCGAAGACUUCGACAUGGCCGAGUGCCUACCGCUACCUGGACAAUCCGACUGGGUUAUCGAACUGGAUGAAAAUAGUGUAUAUCAAGUUUAUGAGAGUGAUGCGGCUCGACAAAUGGGACAACCAGCGGUUAGAAUCCCAUCCUUGAGAGACUUCUACAUGGACCUGGAUGCGGUCACUGAUAUAUCGACUGACGGGCCUGCGAAAAGUUUUGCAUUCAAGCGGCUCUCUUACCUUGAAGGGAAGUUUCAACUGUAUACACUUCUAAACGAGUAUCAGGAAAUAGCCGACAGCAAGAAAGUGCCUCAUAGGGAUUUCUAUAAUGUUCGGAAGGUGGACACGCAUGUGCACCACUCCGCAUGCAUGAAUCAGAAGCAUCUGCUUCGUUUCAUUAAAAGCAAGAUGAAAAAGUCACCGGACGAAGUUGUGCUGUUCCGAGAUGGCAAACAUUUGACAUUGAGGGAAGUUUUUGAAAGCAUCAAUCUCACAGCUUAUGAUCUCAGCAUCGAUACACUCGAUAUGCACGCACACACCGAUUCUUUUCAUCGAUUUGACAAAUUCAAUCUGAAAUACAAUCCUGUUGGCGAAUCCCGCCUGCGAGAAAUCUUCUUGAAAACGGAUAAUUUUAUCAAAGGGCGCUAUUUGGCCGAGAUAACGAAGGAAGUGAUCUCAGACCUGGAAUCCAGCAAAUAUCAAAUGGUGGAGUGGCGCAUCUCCGUGUACGGGAGGUCAAUCGACGAAUGGGACAAGCUUGCUGCCUGGGUUGUGGAUAACAAGUUGUUUUCCCCGAACGUUCGCUGGCUCAUUCAGGUUCCUCGUCUCUAUGAUGUCUAUAAGUCGAGCGGAAUGAUGGAGAAUUUUGAGCAGGUGAUAACGAAUGUCUUCAAACCGCUUUUUGAAGUUUCUCAAAACCCAUCUUCACACCCUAAGCUACACAUUUUUCUUCAGAGAGUUAUUGGAUUCGAUAGUGUUGACGAUGAAAGUAAGGCCGAGCGACGGCUUUAUCGGAAGUAUCCCAUUCCUAGAGAGUGGAACACCAAACAGAAUCCACCAUACAGCUACUGGAUCUAUUUCAUGUUCGCCAACAUCGCUUCUCUGAAUACUUGGCGCAAGCAUCGCGGUUUCAACACAUUCGUCUUGAGGCCACAUUGUGGUGAAGCAGGCGAUCCCGAUCAUCUUGCCGUCGGCUUUCUUUGCUGCCACAGUAUCAGUCAUGGGAUCCUCUUGAGGAAAGUUCCUUUGCUUCAGUACCUCUUCUAUCUCGAUCAGAUAGGGAUUGCCAUGUCACCUCUCAGUAACAACGCAUUGUUUCUUACGUAUGACAAAAAUCCGUGCGCCAAUUUUUUCAGGAGAGGUCUCAAUGUCUCCUUGUCUACUGAUGACCCCUUGCAGUUUGCCUUUACCAAAGAACCACUAAUUGAGGAAUAUUCAGUAGCCGCGCAGAUCUAUAAAUUCAGUGCGGUCGACAUGUGCGAACUUGCGAAGAAUUCCGUUGAGCAAAGCGGCUUCGAGCUCUCUCUAAAGAAAAGAUGGCUUGGCAGCAAUUGCUCCGCACCGGGGGUCAUGGGAAAUAAUGUCGCCAAGAGCAAUGUUCCUGACAUACGUGAACAUUUCAGACACGAGACAUUGCUUGGGGAACUUGCAUUGUAG